GGGGUCAAGGCGCUCUGUUCGCAUCACAUCCUGAUCCGAUGUGACACCAUGGCUGCCUGGGAUCCCUUCUCGGACCCGGCGGACGAAGGUGUGCCAGUCACUCUGAAGGGCGGCGACAUCAUCAAGGUCGAUGAUGGCGAUGCGCCGCUGGACCCCUGGGACGACGGCACCUUCGUGGCGCUGGCCCGGGAGGCGGCAGCGGAGGCGGCGGCGCGGCAGGCGGCGGCGCUGGAGGCGUGGGAGGCGCAGCAGAAGCUCCAGGCGGACGAGAACCGGAAGCAGGAGGAGCGGCGGGAGCGGCUGCGGCAAGAGGCCCGGGACUUCGCGAAGCUGAGCAUUGAGGAGCGGCGGGAGAAGCUCCAGGAGCGGCAGAGGUACGCGGAGAUGGCCAUGGAGCACAUCGCCAACGCCCCCGCCGUGGCCGCGGAAAGGCUCAGGAAGUCCUCGUCCAAGUUGCCAGAGGUGGACGAGCUGGCGCUGGGUAGCGCGGCGGCGUCCAUCGCGGCGGUUGACAUGGGGAUAAAGAUCAGCUUCAAGAGCAAGGCGGAGGCCUCGAGAAUAGUGGCGCUGCUCUUCCCGGACCAAAGCUCCCGCAGCCUGAAGAUGCUGAAGGGCCUGCAGGAGCUGCCUGGGGCGCGGCGAUUGCGGGAGCAGAGCCGCGCUCUGCUGGGCUGGGACCCCCUGGAGGGCCCACAGCUGCUGAAUGUCUACGAGCUGCUGAGGGGCCCCGAAGGCUGGCUCGAGCACACGCAGUUCUGCCAGCCAGCAAUGUACGUAGUGCAAGUGGCGGCGGUGGAGAAGCUUCGGGAUAAGCGCCCGGGUGCUUUGGAGCGCUGCAGAGCUGUGGCAGGGCUCUCCUUGGGAGACUAUGCGGCGCUGACCUUGGCGGAAGUUUGGGACUUCGAGAUGGGCCUCCGCGCCGUGCAGCUCCGCGGCGAGCUCAUGGAGGCCGCCAUCGCCGAGCAGCCGCAGGCGGCGCUGGCAGUGGCGGGCCUGUCCGAGGAGCACCUCGGGCGGCUCUGCGAAGACUGCAGAGAGUCCGAGGUGUGCGGGGUCGCACAGCGCCUCUUCCCCGAAGGCUUCCUGUGUGCGGGCCACGACACCGCAGUGGCUCGACUGCUGGAGCGCGCGCGGCGGGCUGAGGGAUGCAAGCAGGUGCAAAUGUUGAAGCUGGCAGGUGCCUGCCAUACGCAGCUGAUGGAGGCUGCCAGCGAGCAAUUGCUGGAGCUCCUUCAGAGCUUCGAGGGCAGCAUGAAGCCCCCGAGGCUGGACUUGUACCUGAGUUGCGGCAAGAAGGUGGCUGCAGGUAGCAGCCCCAGCUGCCUGCCGCGGCUGCUAGCGCAGCAGCUGAUGAACCAGGCGAACUGGAUGGGCAGCGUCUCUUCAAUGCUCAAGGACGGCUGUGGUGAGUUCUACGAAUGUGGUCCGCUCAACCAGCUGAAAGGUGCCAUGAAACGCAUCGACCCCGUGGCCCACAAGGCCACCAUCGCUCUGGACGUGUACAGCCAAGAUGCGCAGAUGAAGCCGGGAAGUCUGCCGCCUCGUUGGGCGGACCUGCCCAUGGCCAUGUCAGCGGAGCCUGGUGCUCCUCACUGACACCUGCGUGGCCCGUUGCAAGAGUCCGGGAGGUGGCAUUGCAAGAGAAUCCC